AUGCUGUCGCCUUCGUACGGCGCUCGGCGCUUCUCCUCCUCCGCCUCCGCCGAAUCCGCUCCGAAGCACAAGCCCGAUCUGCUGCGCAUUCUCGCCGCGUGCGCGCUCGGAUCGGGUGCCGCCGCGGGCGUUGCGGUAUCCAUCAUGGAUCCCAAGACCUUCAGCGCGCUCUCCUUCGCGGCAACGGACUACAUGACGCCAUUCAUCCGCCUGCUCGACCUCUCCGCGCUCUCCUUCGCGGCAACGGACUACAUGACGCCGUUCAUCCGCCUGCUCGACCCGGAGACGUCCCACCAGCUGGCCGUGCUGUCGGGCGAGUGGGGCCUCACUCCGCGCGACUACCGCCCGGACCCGCCCGCCCUCGCCACCACCGUGUGGGGGCGGCGCUUCAGCAACCCCGUGGGCAUGGCGGCGGGCUUUGACAAGGACGCGCGCUGUGUGGACUCCAUGUUCGCUCUCGGGCUGGGGUUUACCGAGAUCGGGAGUGUGACUCCGCUCCCCCAACCCGGCAACCCGAAACCUCGCUGCUUCCGGCUCACAGAGCAGAAGGCCGUGAUCAACCGCUACGGCUUCAACAGUGCGGGAAUCGCUGACGUGGCGGAGAGGCUCGGCGCGUGGCAGGCUCGGCGGCAGCAGCGGGCAGCGCAGGAGCAAAAACGGGCAGCAGCGGAUGGGCAGGCGGCGAAAAAAGAGAACGUGGUGGAGGAGAGAGUGAGGGACGGAGUGCUGGCGGUGAACCUGGGGAAGAACAAGACGAGCGAGGAUGCGGCGGGGGACUAUGUGCAGGGCGUGCAUGCUCUGGGUCAGUUUGCAGACGUGCUGGUGGUCAAUGUGUCCUCCCCCAACACGCCCGGGCUGAGGAAGCUGCAGGGAAGGUCGCAACCGCAGGAGCUUCUGCAGCGGGUGCAAGCAGCGCGGAACGAGAUGGAGUGGGGCAAGGAGGGUCCUCCCCCUCUGCUGCUCAAGAUAGCCCCUGACCUCACCACCGAAGACAUGUCAGAUAUUGCUGCUGUCGCUCUCUCCCUCAAGAUUGACGGACUGGUGGUGAGCAACACGACCAUCUCACGCCCUGACAGCAUCCUGGGCCUGGUGAAAGCGGAUGAGGUGGGGGGACUCAGCGGCAAGCCCCUCUUUGAGCUCUCCACUGCUGUGCUGCGCCAGAUGUACUCGCUUACUAAGGUGCACCUUCCUGCUGUCAUCGUGCCUCAACUAAACCUCGCUAUCAUGCCCAGCUGUCAUCUAGCUAUUGGCAAGGUGGCAACCACAGCUAUUGGCAAGGUGGCAACCACAGCUAUUGGCAAGGUGGCAACCACAGCUAUUGGCAAGGUGGCAACCACAGCUAUUGGCAAGGUGGCAACCACAGCUAUUGGCAAGGUGGCAACCACAGCUAUUGGCAAGGUGGCAACCACAGCUAUUGGCAAGGUGGCAACCACAGCUAUUGGCAAGGUGGCAACCACAGCUAUUGGCAAGGUGGCAACCACAGCUAUUGGCAAGGUGGCAACCACAGCUAUUGGCAAGGUGGCAACCACAGCUAUUGGCAAGGUGGCAACCACAGCUAUUGGCAAGGUGGCAACCACAGCUAUUGGCAAGGUGGCAACCACAGCUAUUGGCAAGGUGGCAACCACAGCUAUUGGCAAGGUGGCAACCACAGCUAUUGGCAAGGGUCAAAUCCCCAUCAUCGGCUGUGGUGGCAUCUACAGGUAA